UUGUUGGUUGUUGUUGUUGUUUAAGCGUCGCGCUUCGACGACGAUGAAUUGGCAGGACUUCAGCGCUGGAUGGAUUGGAGUUGACACACACAUUUUCAUUGUUUAUGCUGAAGACGAGAACGCAUUGAGUCACUAACGCAGGCGCACCAUGUGCACUGGGUGGCGGGUUUGGUGGUGGGUCAUCCACUGGAUACGAUGAAAGUGCGUCAGCAGACGUUAGGCUCCAGCCUCUGGAAGGCUGUCCAGAUGACCUUCGUCCACGAAGGGCCGCGUGCUUUCUUCAAGGGCGUGCUUUUCCCGGCUCUCAUGACAGGCCCAUCUAACGCCGUGUUUUUUGGAAUCUACGGCAAUUACAUGAGGAUUGUGCAAAGCCAAGGCGAUAAAGAAUUUUUCAGAGUGCAGAAGGACGAUCCGGAAUGGAUGAAACAUGUUUUUUGGGGAGGAUGCACGGCAGGAUUCUUUCAAGUCGUGGUAACUUGUCCGCCUGAACUGGUAAAGAUCAUUCUUCAAUGCCAGACCGAACACAAAGGCGUCUGGCAUAUUCCUCAUGAGACCCAUUAUCACGGUGUAUGGGAUUGUGUAAGGAAGUUGUUCAAAAAGAGAGGAAUUCCCGGCCUCUACAAGGGCGUCUUCCCCAUGAUGUGUAGAGACGUUCCAACAAGCGGAAUAUACACAUUAUCCUACGAACUCUUGAAGAUCGUCAACUAUCCGAUCGAAAAAUUGAAUCAUCCCUUGGUCAAACAAGUUAUGGCUGGUGGAUGUGCAGGUGUUUUAUCGUGGUCAAUCGUUAUACCGAUAGACGUGAUAAAAUCAAGGCUACAAGUGGAUAGCCCUGAUCUUCCAAAGUACAAGGGUUUUUACGAUUGCUUUUAUCAGUCUUACAGAGCCGAGGGUUGGGGAGCUUUUACGAAAGGGAUGGGAGCGGUCUGCGCCAGAGCAUUUCCAGCCAACGCUGCUAUCUUCGUGACGUACGAAUUUCUGCUGGAUUUCUUCAACACCCUUUGAGAUGUGACCAUCUUGGAGCGAAUCGAAGUUCCAAACCUUUUAGUACAAAUAUUCUGCAAAUUCUAUUAAAAUACGAUUUUAC